AUGAUUGCCUCGGUCCCAAACCCUAGAGAAGUGUUUCGAAGCGAUGAAUUCCUCGUGCAGCUAGCACAACCAUCAAAUGUGCGCUUUUCGCCAUUCGAACAUGCACCUCCAGAAGAACGACGUGAGAAAUUUCGCGAAGCUGUAACACAGAGAAAACUAGCAUUGACAUUUGUCGAGACCGGCGUGAAUCUGUCGUUGGACAUUUCAACAUCCACGACAUCGGGGAACAAGAUCGACUUUGAAUCGCUGCCAUUUCUAUUUAAUGGUGUUCUAUGUACAGCACGUGGUCAUAUGGAUUCUCAUUCGCUAACGGGACGAGUGCAGUUCCGACUGAGUGAGGAAACCAACACGACAAGGGACGGUAACGAAGCAUGGACUACCGAUCAGAUUAACAACCUGAGAAGUUUGGGGUUGCCAUUAUGA